AUGCUAAUUACUAUAAACAGAGUCGCCAUAUUGUCGUUUUCCUUGGUGUCGUUGCAAUUUGACGAAUAUAUCUAUAUUUUUUUUAAUUUCGGCGCUCAUAAUUUUGAUUCAUUUAAUUACACCUUUCUGUUUUCAUCUAUCUCUCUAUUCAAUUCUGUUCAAAUCUCUAUUUAUUUAUUCCAUUCUGUUCAUAUCUAUCUAUCUAUCUAUCUAUCUAUCUAUCUAUCUAUCUAUCUAUCUAUCUGUCCAUCUCUCAGUCUGUUCAUAUCUCUCUAUUUAUCUACUUAUCUCUCUCUAUUUCAGUUUGUUCAUAUCUAUCUAUCUAUCUAUCUAUCUAUCUAUCUAUCUAUCUAUCUAUCUAUCUAUCUAUAUCAGUCUGUUCAUAUCUAUCUAUAUAUCUAUUUCACUUGUUCAUAUCUAGCUAUCUAUCUAUAUCUAUCUAUAUAUCUAUUUCAGUUUGUUUGUUUAUAUCUAUCUGUUUAUCUAUCUCUGUUCAUAUCUAUCUAUCUACCUAUCUAUUUCAGUUUGUUUAUAUCUAUCUAUCUAUCUAUCUAUCUAUCUAUCUAUCUAUCUCUGUUCAUAUCUAUCUAUCUAUCUCUGUUCAUAUCCAUCUAUCUAUCUAUCUAUCUAUCUAUCUAUAUGUCCAACUAUCUAUCUAUCUAUCUAUCUAUCUAUCUAUCUAUCUCAGUCUGUUCAUAUCUAUCUCAGUCUGUUUAUAUCUAUCUAUCUAUCUAUCUAUCUAUCUAUCUAUCUAUCUAUCUGUCUGUCUAUCUAUCUAAUUCACAGUCUACACCAAUCACAUGCUGCCGGUCUACAUAUAUCAUUCCAGCUCACAAUGCUUAUAUCUAUAUAAUAAGUUCAAAAUAA